AUGUCCGUUGAAAUCGAUCCCCAGGAGCUUUCCUUCAAGCGUCCUUUUAACCAGGAAGUAUGCCAGGUCCUGCGUCUGGGCAAUACCACUGCCGAGCCUUUGGUCUUCAAGGUCAAGACUACCGCCCCCAAGCACUAUUGUGUGCGCCCCAACUCCGGCCGUGUGGAGCCAGGCAAACAGGUCGAUGUUCAAGUUCUUCUGCAAGCUAUGAAGGAGGAGCCGGCUGCCGAUGCCAAGUGCAAGGACAAGUUCUUGGUUCAGUCUGUCGCAGUCACCAAGGACAUGGAGUUCGCGAAUGUGACGUCGAUUUUUGAAAAGGCUUCCAAGUCCGCCGUGGUGGAGCGCAAGAUUCGCGUCCUAUGGCUGGCCCCAGACUCGGAUGUGAAGCACGAGCACGUCGACGACGAGCCUCCGUCCUAUCCUUCUCCUGCGGCAAACUUUGAAACACCUGCCCCCAAGAAGACAUCUGCCGACCAAGGAUCUCCCAUUCCUGCCCCCGAAUUCUCCGAAAAGCCCAAGUCCGAAUCUCCGCCUGUCGAUAAUGCUUUUACCAAUACUAAGGCCGCUGCUGUUAACUCCCUUCCCUCGAGCGAGGACUUGAAGGCCCAGCUGUCCGAUGCGAAUGCGCAAAUCCAAAGACUGAAGGACCGACUCGCAGACCAGGGCUUGCGGCAGCGGAAGAGUGGCGGCGAGAAAGCCGCCCCGGCAGCAAUGCAACAGACACACACACAGGGCGCGACUGGUGUGCCACUGCAGGUCGUGGCUGCAUUGUGCCUGAUCAGUUUCUUGAUUGCCUAUUUCUUCUUCUAG